AUGGGGAACUUUAAUAUGCUUCCAUCAGAGAUCAUGUUAGAAAUCUUAUCUCGUGUACCAGCGGAAUAUGUUGUUGACUGCAAAUGUGUGUCUAAGCCAUGGAGAAAUCUUUUACAGCAUCCAUCCUUCUCACAGUUGCACUUGAAUAAUCUCAAUGGUCGUAGUUCUGUACAUGAUUCUGGAGAUCUUCUAUGUGCGUAUUACCAUCACUGUAAUGGAAGUUGGGAGUUAUGGUCAUUAAAGAAGUGUAAAAAUUAUCAGGAUGUUAUUUGGAGUAAAGAGUUUAAUGACUUCAGUCAUACCAGGGUAGAACCCAUCACCUUUACAAAGAGUGGUGGGCUUCUAUACUAUGAUUAUGGUGAUAAUAAUGUCUAUCUCUACGCUGCAGAAGCUUCAUUUUCUAGAAUGCUUGUGAGUUUUGGUGUGAAUUUUGAAUCUGUAGUCCCUCACAAGAACACCUUAGUGUCAUUGAAGGCAUUAGGUGAAGAAGAGACGAAGCAAAUGAAUUCGUGUGAAAGAGGAAAAUUUAGCAGGGAGACAGAAAUCAGUGACUAUUAG